AUGUUCCUGAAGGCUGCGGUCGUGAUCCUGGCCCUGGUGGCUGUCACUGGUACUCGGGCUGAGGUCAACGCCGACCAAGUGGCCACCGUGGUGUGGGACUACUUCAGCCAGCUGAGCAGCAAUGCCAAAGAAGCUGUGGAACAUCUCCAGAAGUCUGAGCUCACUCAGCAGCUCAACUCCCUCUUCCAGGACAAAGUCAGCGAAGGGAGUGCCUACGCGGAUGACCUGCAGAAGAAGCUGGUGCCCUUCGCCACCAGUGUGCACCAGCGCCUGAUCGAGGACUCGGAGAAGGUGAAGGAGCAGGUUCAGAAGGAGCUAGAGGGCCUGCGGGCCAAGCUGCAGCCCCACGCCGAACAGGUGAGCCAGAAGAUUGGGGACAACGUCCGCGAGCUGCAGCAGAGCCUCCAGCCCUACGCCGACCAGCUGCGCACCCAGGUCAACACCCGGGCGGAGCAGCUGCGGAGCCGGCUGAGCCCCCUCGCGCAGCGCAUGCAGAGCGCGCUGCGCGAGAACGCGGACAACCUGCAGGGCUCGCUGGAGCCCUUCGCCGAGGAGCUCAAGGCCACGAUCAACCAGAACGUGGAGGAGCUCAAGGGGCACCUGACGCCCUUCGCCGACGGGCUCAAGGCCAAGAUCGACCAGAACGUGGAGGAGCUGCGCCGCAGCCUCGCGCCCUACGCGCCGGGCGCCGAGGGCGAGCUCGGCCGCCAGCUGGAGAGCCUGGCCUUCCAGAUGAAGAAGAACGCGGAGAAGCUGAAAAGCGAGCUCUCGGCCAACGCCGAGGAGCUGCGCCGCAAGCUGUUCCGCAGCAGCGCCGAGCCCUUCGGCGAGGCCUUCAACAAAGCCCUGGUGAAGCAGGUGGCGGACCUCAAGCAGAAGCUGGGCCCCCACUCGGGGGACGCGGAAGGCCACCUGGUCUUUCUGGAGAAGGAUCUGAGGGACAAGGUGAACUCCUUCUUCAGCGCCCUCAAGGAGCAAGAGAGCCAGGGCAGGUCCCCGGCCCUCCCGGAGCAGGCGGGGCCGCAGGCGGGGGACCAGGAGGGGCAGCAGGCGCAGGCCUCCCUGGAGAGCUGA